ACCGGUUUGGAGAUUCUCUCCACCCCUACUAGAAAGUCUGAAAUAGAUGGCUGGAAGGAGAGAGAUCUGAGUGUCUGACCACCGCAAAGGCGCAAACUUCCUUCACGAUUGCCUCGUGGAGCGUGGAGCUUCUUUCUCGUCGCCUCCAUCAUUCCUCUCUACCCGUCUGCAGCAAAGAAAGCUCCCAAUAGCCCCCCCAGCACUACAACCAACCGGAUUCCAACCGCUUUCAAACUGCAAUCCCUAUGCCCGUAGUCCCUGACCCGACCCAACCUAGCGGCAUUCACCACUGGACAUCUCGCCACUGCUGGAAGAAACUCCACCUUGAACAAUCCGCACUCCUAUCGUCUAACAGUUAACAACACCGCGCCUCUAUUAUACAGCCGUAUCCCUGCCCUCUCAGAGGCAUUUGAUCUCGUAUCCAAUCAACGACAUGCCAAUUGGAGUAUCCCGCACUUGUCCUAGGCGUGUCUCUGUGUCCUAGAGGCAAUUCCUUCAAAGGUGUGGCGUGUCAGUCUUUCAUAGCUCUUGUGAGGUAUUGUGUUUUGGAGCUGGGGAAAAAUAAAAAAUAAAAAUAAAAAAUAAAAUAAAAAAGUUUACAUUGUGAAUUGUUAAAAAGAAAAAGGAGAUGAUGGGUAGUACUGGGCAGAGUGAGUCAGCUUAUGCAGCUACUCGUACUGUAUAUGGAGUAUCAGAACCAAUAUCUACUGGUGGCCCGACAGAGAUUGAUGUUGUGAAGAACAACGAGUUGGAAAAAUUUCUUGCAGAUGCUGGAUUGUAUGAAAGUCAAGAAGAAGCCAUUAAAAGAGAGGAAGUCUUAGGGAGAUUGGAUCAGAUUGUGAAGAAGUGGGUGAGGAAUGUCAGUCGUGCUAAAGGUCAUAGUGAACACCUUGCACAGGAAGCAAAUGCGAAGAUUUUCACAUUUGGUUCAUACCGACUAGGAGUACAUGGCCCUGGUGCAGAUAUUGACACAUUAUGUGUUGGACCAAGAUAUGCUACUCGAGAAGACUUCUUUGGUGAGCUUCAUAGUAUGCUGCUCGAAAUGGAAGAAAUUCAGGAGUUACAUCCUGUUCCAGAUGCUCAUGUUCCUGUGAUGAAAUUCAAGUUUAAUGAAAUAUCUAUAGACCUUCUUUAUGCAAAUGUUGCACUCUGGGUUAUCCCUGAGGACUUGGAUGUUUCACAAGAGUCCAUAUUGCAUGGUGUAGAUGAGCAGACUGUUCGUAGUCUAAAUGGAUGCAGAGUUACUGAUCAAGUUUUACAUUUAGUUCCUAGUAUUCAGAGUUUUCGUACUACAUUGAGAUGCAUGAGAUUGUGGGCAAAGCGGCGUGGAGUUUACUCAAAUGUGAGGAAAUUAUAAUAAGACAUUCUCAACUGUUCUACAUAAAUCCUACUCCCUCCGUCCCCCAGUUUUUGUCCACUUUUGACUUUUGGAACUGUUCAUCUAAGCACUUUGACUCAUCAAAUUCUCUCAAUGUGUAAGCCUAAAUAUAGUCAUGUGUGAUCUUGUUUGAUUUGUCUUAACAUAUAGAUUAUUAAUAUAUACUUUCUAUAAUUUUUCAAUAUACAAAUUACAAGAUAAAAUGGAUUAAAGAAGUGCAUUGGAUGGUGUGUAAAAAUGAAAGUGGACAAGUACU